AACACAGUCAGUAAAUUGGCAAUGCUGACCUUUCGCGAGCAAUUGAUGAGCAACUCUGCGAGAAAAUAGAGAAGGAUGCGAAGUAAGAUGAGGAAACCAAUGCUUUUUUGCAGUUCAGUGCCUCUAUGUUCAAACAGAAAGAGAUCUUUGUGAAUUCCAGCGUUGAUACAUCCCCUCCCAACCAUGCCAGACGGUUGAGAAGUCCAAGCUUAGAAACUCCCAGGAUGACGGAACCCAGGGAAGGAGGGAGUCCGGCCGCUGACCCCUACGCGGAGGUCAGGGUCAUUGACUCCCAGCUGCAGCACUUCAGAAAUUACUUUGAUGUCAUCCAGGUCUUCAAGUGCCGUAUUUGCUCCUUCUGCAGUCCCCUUGAACAUGUGAUAGCCAGUCACAUGUCAGAGGUCCACUUCCCACGCCGAUGCUUCCUCUGCAAACAGUGCCUCUUUGUCUUUGAGGACCGUGCCCAGCUCAACAGCCACCUCGACUCCGCCCAUGGAACGCGCAGCAUUGCAGUCUGCUUUGGAGAGUCUGGACCUUUUGUCAACUCCCCGCCGACUUGGCAUGCAGGCAUUGGACGAUCCUCCGAGGACGAUGAACAGCUUUCAAGACAGAGCACAGAGGAACAGCCGGAGAGUGAGCCGAAUAACGGAAGAGUCACAUCCAGUACAGGCAACCUGGCAAAUCUGCCAGAUGAUGGCCAAAUGGAACGUGGUAACAGUGCUUCAUCUCUGAGUGUUCCUACUGAAGGAGAGUUCUUGAGGGGUACACCUUCUGCAGGUGAGAGCAGGCAAGAACAAGUCCUCUCCAGGGGUAGUUCCUGCAAUCCAUCCACCACAGACCAAGACCUGUCUGCAAGUACAGAACCAAUCCAAACACCAACUUUACAUCAAGACAAAAGUGUGGAACAAACUUCAAGACAAGCCUCUGAAGAAUCACCAGAACGACCUGGAAUGGAGACUCCGAAAUUGAGUGAAAGCACAAAGGAAAGUUACAUCAAGACAGAGCCAGUCAGUCCUGUAAGGAUCAUGUGCCCUAAAAGGAGACGCCUACUACAGGCCUCUUACUCUGGAGAGUCAAUUGAUAUAGAUGUGGAAGGAAAAAACAGUAGUGAUAAUCGGUCUCAAAAGUCUCAAUCAACUGAGCCUCAUGGUAACCCUGAUGCCUGCCAGCAGGAAAAACAUUCUGCUUCAAGUCCAGGCAGCAGGAGAUCUUCAAUAUCAGGUGGGAGAAGUGGUGGCACUGGGCGCCGACCAGAGUCUGUCCUGCGUGGCCUUCUCAGGCGACAAGAUACGAUUGAGGAUAUUGAAACGGAGGACUUGCCGAAUCCUCCAAGUGACAGUUCACUGCCUUCCGGUGGCUCAAAUUUGCCUCGUUCAAUGAGCUUGACAGAUCGAACCACACCAACAAUUCCUAGUACACUGCCUCGCCAAAGUUCUGAGCCUAUCGUAAAACCAACAGAACAGCUUGAUCAAUCCCCUGAAGGGAAAAAUUCAGAAGAGAGUAGUCCUGGAUCGGAAGAGAGACAGGGAAAUGAGUCAGGUUCUAAGAAUAUGUUACGCGAUCUUGUUAGCCGUGCAGUAGCGGAAAAGAGACCCGAGGGGGUACAGCGGAGAGGUUCAGAGAGUAUUAUUUUCAGAAAGACUGGAAGCAUUGAUGAGACUUCUAGUGGUCAACCGGCCCCCCGCAGCCAUAGGCAACGUAGCUACAGCUUGACAGAGGGGGAUGCCAGGCUUCCACUUAAUGGACUAAACCCAGACUUCCAAGUGAACCAGCAGGCAGAUGCUAACCGUGAAAAGGAGCAACCUCAAGUACCUAUGAAUUACCAGGCACAUGACCAGAACUCUCCUCGCAUGGCUUACUGGCCAAGGUAUUCUGGUCUUGUUCAUCAGCCUUUUGCAGUUGACAAUGAUCCAAGGAAAAUGUGGCGCAGUUUACCUACAUAUUCAUCACAGGCUAGUGUUCAAAGUGAGCCUUCUGUUCCAUCAGGGCCAAGCUCUGAUCAUGCAAAAGGUGUUCUGCCAACGCAGAUGUCAGAGGACUCAUUUCUUUACAAUUGCCUGAGGCAGCCAGGCAAUGUUGGACCCAGACGGAAGAGGAGUCCAGCUGCCUUGAGUAGUCAGCACUCUUCAGAGGGAGUCACUCCAAAUUGGACUGGUCAUACUCAGUAUAAUGAGGCUGGUAGAGUACCCAUGAUGGGUUAUCAAGGAGCUUGGCCGCAUUAUCAUAGAGGAAUGCACCACCACCACCACCAUAUGCUGAUGAGACAAAAUGCUGAUGACAAAUCUGCUUCCCCAAGUAUUUCAUCCAGCACAUCUCAUAGACUUGGACUCAAGCCAGACCAUUUAAUGUAUUCCAGUUUGGAAAGGUCUUUGUCCCAGCAUGGAAGUGGAGAAAUGCGGAGUUUUGAGAGGAGGAGGCCUCCGAUGUUGGAACAUGGUGGCAGCAGCGAGUCCAGUCAAGAGCUUGUCCAGGUUGAAGACAUUACCCGUCAGGUUCACCGUGCCAUCAGUGGCACGUCUGGACUCUAUUCCACAGAAAGAGCAGCUGUAGCCUGGAGUGACCAGUCCUCUGGUAAUAACACAUCGCUGGAAGAACAGAGCUCCAAGGACAUGGACAAGAAACGCAGCAGAAAGUCCACCUUCAAUAUAUACCGAGAGAUUCCAGAGAGAAAGCGCAAGUUAGACCGCGACGAAGAGGAGCGCAUUAAGAGCAGUUACAAUCCAGAUGGCAGCUUUGAUUAUUUUUCACUGACAGGCUGGAAAGCGUACAAGUGCGAGUUGUGCAAGAAACGGAGAUUCAAGACGGCCUCUGAGCUCGAAGAGCACAGGCGUCGUAAGCAUUCCCUUCAGCACACCCAUGUAGGUAAUGCUUCGUCAUCAUCUUCAUCGGGUGUUGGAGCAUCCUUGGAUGAUGGUUCUAGUAGUCCACAGUUGACAUCCCAGCUUUCCAAUGGAUGAAGGGCAGCAUGCCGUCUUACCAAAGGUUGCUUUAUCAAGGUGAUUUGUUGUUUUGUAUGCCUGCACAGAAAAGGUUACAUGUACCUUUCUACAAUUUGGUGUAAACACCAGGAUGAAAGCAAAACAUUUUGCUGAGGUUUGUAUUGAUUGGUGCAAAGAAGGUUAGAGAUCAGGAAUGGGUCUAUGCUGCUUAUUUUUACAUUGAGUGAGGUUGGCUGAUUCCAGGCUCAGAAUGGAAGCAUGUGUAUAUGAUAAGAAGAAGCUUCAUGCUUGAACCAAAAUAAGUAUGUGAUGUGUGCCAAGGAUGUAUUUUUUUAAUUAUUUUAAGCAUUAGAUAUUACACAUGAAUGUAGUUGUGUCCUUUUUAUUAUGAGUGUAGAAAGUAGAUGUUUCUUUUAUGGAUGUAUUAUCCCAGUGAUCUACUUCAUCUAAUCAAACACGAGGUGCAAUGAUCAUUAUUAAUGUUUGAAGCAAAUUUGUGUUCUGUGCAAUGCCAGUAUGGUCCAGUGCUUGCACUAUAAAUAUAUUAUUCUAAUUCUUAAUUCAUUCUUUUUUUUUCAUGGUACAAUCAUGUUGUAGGAGCUUUCACAUGUCCUUAAUUCAUCACAAUUUGUGUACAAAUUUACAUCUAAAUGUUCCUAGAGUAGAGUUGAUGAAAUCAUAUUUCUUGUCUGCACUUGGUCUCUAUAUUACUAUCUGAUAAAUGUAGUUGAUGGUCGUUCAGAAGAUUGUAACAGUGUAUGAUGUAAAGCAAUGUCCAUGUUUGGUAUGUAGAUUUUUUUUGUAUUUAAGUAAGAGUGUGCCUGAUAAAGAUGCUUUUUGUAAAGAGAGCAUUAGAAAAUUUGCAGCUGAUAGGGUUGAACCAAGAUAUAUAUUUUUAUGACAUACUGAAGAUUUUUUGGGGGGUGGGGGGCAGGGCAGGAGGUCCUCUGGGUACAUAUUCAGUUUGUUUGACAGCUAUCUUUUAUAUUUUGUUUUCAAAGAUAGUAUCCGUUAUAAAAUGCAGAAAUUUGAUUUUGCUCAAAGGGCAAUGCAUAAUGGCAUCUGUCUAUAAACUAGACUGGCUAACUUCUAAUGAUCUACUUCUACUUAAAUCCUUAGAAAUCAAAGACGGUGUAUCAUGAUGGGGGUCACAUGUGAUUGAUUAUUAUAGUUUGUUCUAAUGAAUGCUGCUGGAAAAUAUGAUCAUGCUGCAAAUUGUGCUCGCUGUAAUCCACAAAUAGUAUUGAUCAUGGUUGUAUGAAUUGCUGUCUAGGGACUCUUUGGAUGUCAAAUGUAGAUUAUUGUCUUUGUGAACUUGUGCGAUGUAGUCGUCUUUCAUGUCUAAUGUUUUUUUGUUAUCUAGCUUGUGAUUCAUAGGUCACUUAUAGAUCCCCCCUUUGAGAAGAUGGAACGAAAAAUCCCUAAUUUCGGGCUAAUGUUUUUCAGGCAAGCUGUACAAAUAGAUAUUUGGAAUAGAAUAGUAAAAUAGUUUAAUUGUUUAAAGUUUGAGCUGCAUUUAAAGGAAUAUUUUGCUUCCUUGUGAUCAACACUGGGAAUCUUGGUGGUUAAUUAAAUUCUUUUACGUGUAAAUGACUCCACAUUCUCUUUUACACUAUUUUAAUCAAAAGAUAAUCUUGUCCAAAGUGUCCACCAUGCAAAUCAUGAGUGCCAUAUAGGAAUCAUUGCUAUUUAUUUAUCAUACAUUAUACGUAUUUGCUGUUGUUAUUUUCGCGAAAUAUAUAAGAUAUUUAAAAGGGCCCAGUUACACAUUAGGAUAUGCAUUCACCUUAGAAAGUCUUAAAACUACCUGGACCAGAAGAAUUCAAAUCUUUUAAUUUUGUGCAACUCCCACAUCCCUAUUUAGGACAUUCCCUUUUCAUAUACUUUCAUUUGAAUUCACCCCCCUCCAAAAAAAAAUCCAUACAGCCAUUUACAACUGUAAUCUUAGUAGAUUGUUUGAAAAUGUAGUUGUGAAUUAUAAAUCUUUGCAGAAACUGAUUUCAGAACAAUACUCUGGAGGGAUAAUUCUUUUAUUCCUUUGCUGCUACCAAAAGUUAGUAGACAAGGAAUGGAUUGAAACUAUGUCAAUUUUUUUGUUCUAUGACCAAGAUAACAUUUUUGUUUUGAUUUCUUGAAAUAGUCAUUUUAUGGAAGUACUAAAAAUUAUUCAAUGGUUGACUGUGUCAUAUGCAUUCAUGCAUAAAAUGAGUUUGAUUUUAUUGAUUUUAUUCUGUUUGUAUCAAAUGAAAGUACAGUAGACAUUUACUAUGGCGUAGUACUUUUGCUGUAAGAGUCAAAGUUUUUUUUUUCCUUAACAAAGGUGGAGACAAAAUCAGCUUUUUAGAAAUGAUUAUUUGCUUCAUGGAAAUUGGCUGUUUUUCUGUAAUUUGUUUCUAUUCAUUGAAUUCUAUAGUAUGAACAGAAGUACUAUUUUGAAUUUCUUUUUUAAAAACAUCAAUGCUUUAGGCCUGCGAUGCGUAUGAUUUUACGAAAGGAGAUAUGUGGGUUAGCUGGUUCUACGCCUGCAUAUCUCCCAAGGAGGUUUUAGAAAAAAAUAAAGGAAUUGAUUAUUUCUGUAAAUAUGCAUGUACAAAUUAAGAGCCAUUUUGAUUGAUACUUCAUAUUUUUCAAGAAGUUGUAUGAUUUUUUUUCAAUGAGUAAAUUUGUGACUGGCACUUUUGCCUUCUUUCUUAUUCAACAUGUAUUUUUUGAUGACAAAAUAUCUAUAUAUAAUUAUAUCUAUAUAUCUAUAUCUAUAUAUAUUCCUUAUAAGUUGUAAAUUGUUUCACUUGUGCUAUUUUUGUUUUUGGGGUUUUGUUUGUUCAAUGUGUGGUAAAGACGUCUAGCGUUGCCUUUAUAUAUGUAUAUAUGAAUGUAUGUGUAUAUUUCAUGAAAUGGCUUCUUUUGAAGUUAACUCUUUGUUCCCAUGGAUCUAUAUCCAUUGUUUAGAUAAGAAGUAACUGUUUGGUCCCCCAUGCCUACUUGUGUGCUUGGUAAUACAUGGUUAUACAAUGAAAACCAUCUUCUGGCAUGCCCAGCCUGUGACAUUAUUCUCCCUACUGCAUACUGGCAUGCAUUACAAGAAGAAAAACAAUGAUGAGACUUAUCAAUGCGUAGGCUUCAUCACUGUGGCAUGUGGCAACUGUGUAUGAAGCAAUUAUGCUGCUUAUUAACUUUACUGGUUUAUGUUUCAUGAUGAAUAACAUGAUUACUGAAUGGAAAAAAGAUUUGCUUGGAAAGUAGCAUGUCGAACAUUGAAGGCAGACUCAAUCCUGAUCAUCAAAUAAACCAACACAUUGUAAGAACUUGCUUGUCAAGGUAUGCACCAUUGACAUGUUGGUUUACAGGUCGUACUGGGUUUUUGUUGUGCCCAAUCGUUUCUCCGGUAGGGGGGAAUUAAAAUUGCUGGGAGACGGUUCAGUUUGCCUGCUUUGAUAGUCCAUAACACAAGCUUUGGUACCUACCUCAAAAGAGAUUCAUCAUCUUUUGCUUUUUUUUAUGACAAAU